AUGCCCCCAAUGCCGCCCUCUUGCGGCCUCGUCGCCGCCCUCUCGCGGCCCCGUCGCCGCCCUCUUGCGGACCUGUUGCCGCCCUCUCAUGGCCCCGUCGCCGCCCUCUUGCGGCCUCGUCGCAGCCCUCUUGCGGCCUCGUCGCCGCCCUCUCGCGGCCCCGUCGCUGCCCUCUCGCGGCCCCGUCGCCGCCCUCUUGCGGCCCCGUCGCCGCCCUCUUACGGCCCCGUUGACGUCCCGGCCCCUUCACCGCCGAGCCUCCGAGCAGCCGAGCCGCCGAGUCGCCUGCAGCCGAGCCGCCGAGCAGCCGAGCCGCCGAGCAGCCGAGCCGCCGAGGCCGCCGUCGAGCCGCCACUGCCUCUGUCGAGCCGCUGCCACCGCUGUUGCAUCCCUAUUUCUACCGGCAGGCCCCAUCCCUACCCACCCGGACUGUGCGAUAGGGCAGACGGACUCUCCCUGUUCGAUCUCACCUCUGGUGCCUCUCCUGCCCCGCCUGCUGAUGCUGACAGCACUGUUCGCUCACAGUGGGCCACGCGCGAUGCUGCUGCCCGUCUUGCUGUGCGUCGCCACUUACCGAGCGCUCAGCGAGCGCACUUUAGUCAGUACAAGAGUGCUAAGACCUUGGACCACUUCCUCUCUGUUCGCCCCACCACACUCACCCUUGACCUCCACAAGGAGCGCCUCCUGGCAGUUGAGAAGAGUACAGUCGCUGUAGGAGCCUCUAGAGGUGACCUACGUGCCCCUGUCUUUGAGGGGUGCUCCCCCUCCCCCCUUUUGCCCUCUGUUGCCUCUUCUGCUUCCGUCGACUUCGUUGGCACCGAGUCGGUCGGCGCUGCGUCUGCCCCUAGCGGGUGA